AUGGAUGCUGAAGAGCAAGACGUCAGAGUUACAGCUCUGAAUGGCUACGAUUGGCCGGUUGCUCUUCCGAAAAACAUCCAUGAAGCAGACCUCCCUAUGAGAGAUAUUUCUUUCCAAGCUGUUUGGACAGUGUCAAGCUGCAAAUCUGGUAAGACUUUCUGUUGUUGCAGAAAUGAUAUAAAGGCGCAAAUGGUUAUACUCCGAGCUGUGUUUUGUGUCUUCCAUGACAGUGUCGAUAAAUAUUGGCAAAGUGAUGGUCCUCAGCCACACACAGUGACAAUUGAGUUCCCGCGGAAGACCGAUAUUUGCUUUGUUAUGAUGUAUCUCGACUUAAGAAUGACGAAAUCCUACACACCAAGCAAGAUAAUCGUAUAUCUAGGAUCAUCCUUGAUGCACCUCGAUGAUGGGUUACCUGUAGAAUUCAAUGAGCCUACUGGCUGGCAGCUGAUUGAUUUGCGAUCUCGCCGAACAAAUAGACCGUCCCGUGCUAUGGUGGUGCAAAUACAAGUGGUGCACAACCAUCAGAAUGGACGCGACACCCACAUACGACACAUUCGCGUACUUGGGCCUAGCCGAUCGCGAUUUGCCUCGCACUCCCGACUGCAUGCUGGUCGACCGGGCACCGUUGAUGACUUUGUGUUACCCCCUGUUUCGGACCUUAACAAGCUUAUCAAUAGCUGUAUGGCGAUCCGAUAG